AUGGCACCAAGAAUCAGUAGGGGUUCCGAUAGGAGCAAAAGUCCCGCUGCGGGGGGCAAACGCAAGCUCGACUUUAUGCAGGAAGACCAAGACGACGAUUACGAGGUCGUACGAGCGACCGGUCGAGGAGGCCUGGACUCGGAUGACGACGAGGCGAGCGCAAAAGAUUUCUCGUCCAUGCUUGCUGGAGGAUCGUCUAUGGCCAGGCAAGCAGGCAAAGAUGACGGGUAUGGAACGGACGAGGAAGAGGCCGAGAUCGCCAACAUGAUGGGUUCAAAGCUGAAGCAAGACGGCAUGUCCGCCGUCAAAGCUCACGCUGCCAAGGGAAAGGGCAAGGAGAAGGAAACCAAGGGACUUACGGGAGGUGGUAGUUGGCAAAGCAUGGGCCUGGCCCCCCCUCUUCUGAAAUCGCUACUUCAACGAGGCUACAAGACACCUACGCCCAUUCAACGUGCCGCUAUUCCUUCGGCCAUCGCGUCCCCUCCACGAGAUCUGGUCGGGAUGGCCCGGACAGGGUCGGGAAAGACGUUGGCCUACAUGAUUCCCCUCCUGCAGCGCUUUGGUGCUCGUCACUCUUCCAAAUUCGGACCUAGAGCGCUGAUUCUCUGCCCGGGAAGAGAGUUGGCAGUACAGAUUCUGCGAGUGGGAAAAGAAAUGGCAAGGGGAUUCAAGCAAUCCAAGGCAUCGCGACAUGCCGGUGACGACGAGGAAUCGGACGAAGGUGAAGAUGCCCUUUCCAAGACUCAGGAUCUGCGUUGGGGUCUGGUCGUAGGAGGGGAGGGGUUGGACGAGCAGUUCUCGAUGAUCGCCAACAAUCCCGACGUUAUCAUCGCCACGCCCGGUCGUCUACUGCAUCUGAUCGUCGAGAUGAACCUCGACUUGCGUUCGAUCGAGUACGUCGUCUUUGACGAGGCCGAUCGGCUUUUCGAGAUGGGAUUCGAAGUGCAACUGCACGAGAUCUUACACCGGUUACCGCCUACCCGACAAACUUUGCUGUUUUCCGCGACGCUACCCAAGUCGCUCGUAGAAUUCGCUAGGGCAGGUCUGACCAACCCGAAAUUGAUCCGUCUCGACGCCGAAAGCAAGAUCAGCACGGACCUAAGAAUGGCGUUCUUCUCCGUGAAGCCAGCCGACAAGGAGGCUGCACUCUUGAGUCUCUUGAAAGAGGUCAUCAAGGUACCGGUCGAUCAGCAAGGUGUUAGCCGAUUGCAACACGAGGACGAGGACGAAGAUGGCGAGGCAUCCAAGAAGCGCUUCAAGAAGAGCAAGGAGCAUUCUGUUCGAAGAAUCAUGGCUUCUCAUCAAGCCAUUAUCUUUGCCGCCACCAAGCAUCAUGUCGAAUACCUGACCACCUUGCUGCAGGUGGCUGGGUACACGACAUCGCACAUCUAUGGUUCCCUUGACCAGACCGCGCGAAAGUUCCAGAUGGACAGCUUCCGUCGGGGUUACACCAAUUUGCUUGUUGUCACGGAUGUCGCUGCUCGUGGUAUCGACAUUCCCAUCAUGGAGAACGUCAUCAACUACGACUUUCCCACGGGAUCGAGAGUUUUCGUGCACCGAGUCGGACGAACGGCUCGAGCAGGACGAAAAGGUUGGGCCUGGUCGUUUGUGACCACCGCCGAACUACCUUACCUAUUGGAUCUACAACUCUUCCUUGGCCGGCCGUUAGUACCGCCGACAGGCUUCACAGGAGAUGAGGCCGAGUACACCUCGGGUCUCGUGCUAGGACCCCUUCCGCGCGACUCUCUUGACACGGAAAAUGAGCACGUUUCGACGACGUUGAUGGAACGAGCUCCCAACCUGAAAGUUCUCAAAGAGGUCGUCAGAAAGGGUCAGGCCAUGUACGAGAGGAGUCAGGGUAAAGCCAGUCAGGAAAGCUAUCGCCGUUCCAAGGCCAUGGUCAAGGAUCCGGCCUGGCCGCUUCAAGGCAGCCUGACUGCAGAGAACAAGGUUCAUCCAAUCUACGAGCAACUCUCGAUCGAACGAUACAAAAGCGACGGUAACCCGGACUCGGCAGAUAUGGCUGCCGCAAGAAAAGCUUUCUUGAGCCGUGUGACGAAUUUCCAACCUGCCGAGACUGUCUUUGAGAUGGGAACUCGAGGUAAAUCUUCUGUCGCUGCCGAGAUUAUGAAGGGGCGACGCAAGACGCUCGACCAGGUUGUUAAGAGGCGAAAAGCGCAGAUUGAAGGUGACAAGGGAGAGUCUGCGCUCGGUGAAAGCCGAGUGCCCCAUCUGGCCGACGCACCAGUACCCGAUCAGAUGGAUAGCGAUGUCGACAUGUCGGAGGCAGACGAGGAUCAAUUGGAGACCGUGUUUGAAAAGACCAAACCCACCCCUACUGAUUUCAAGGACGACCAGUUCUACAUGUCGCACUACCAGUCUGGGGCCGCAGCUGAUAGAGGGUAUUCGCUCAAAGACGGACAGUCCUUUGUAGAGCAAGCGCGCAACGCUACAUUCGAUCUGGCCGGCGACGAUGGUGUUGUUGCGCGAAGGCAGGGAUUCAGCCAACUGACCUGGGACCGAAAGAAGAAAAAGUUCGUUCAGGGAGAUGGAACUGGAUCCGACAACAAGAAGCUGGUCAAGACCGAGAGCGGAGCUCGUCUUCCGGCUUCCUUCCGAAGCGGUCGCUUUGACGAGUGGAAAGCCAAGAAGCGUGUCGUCAUUCCCAAGGUCGGGGAUGCGGAAGGCGAUCACGCCCGCGGACAAGGUUCUACCGGAAUGAACAAAUAUCGACACAACAACAGUUACGAAGCGAAACCCCUGGAUCCCAAAUCCACCACAUACGAAAAGAAGGUCUACAUGCAGAAAAAGAAAGCAGAGAAGGCGGCAGAAGCCGAUGGUGCACCCGGCCCCAAGACUGGCUAUGCUGGCCAGAAAGCACGAUCGGAAUUGCGCGAUGUCAACGCGAUUCGCCGUGACAGAAAGGUUCAAGAACAGAGAAGAGCGAAGAACGCAAGACCCAGCAAAAAGGGCGGCAAAGGGGCCGGGAAGGGAGGGGCAAGCAAGGGUCGAGCACGCCGAUGA